CUCCGCGUCACGGCUUUUCUCUCAUUCUGAGACAAACUCGGGAGAGAGCUCACGUCUUUUUCACCUAGCCACGCAAAAUGGUUUCUCAGGGCGUUCAGAUGAUCGGCAUAUCUUCGGCCACCGUCGGCUGGUUCAUGGUGAUUGUGACGUGUGCUUUGCCCAUGUGGAAGGUGACGGCCUUCGUAGGGGCCAACAUCAUUACGGCGCAGACCAUCUGGCAGGGAUUGUGGAUGAACUGCGUGGUGCAGAGUACGGGACAGAUGCAGUGCAAGGUGUACGACUCCAUGCUGGCGCUGGAGCGAGACCUGCAGGCCGCCCGCGCCAUGAUCAUCAUCUCCAUCCUGCUGGGCGUUUUCGGCGUCGCCAUGUCCGUCGCGGGCGGCAAGUGCACCAACUGCAUCCGGGAGGAAGUUCCCAAAGCCCGGGCGUGCAUCUUGGCCGGCGCACUCUUCCUGGCGUCCGGCCUUUUGUGCCUGAUUCCCGUGUCGUGGUCGGCCAACGCCAUCGUCAGCAACUUCUACAACCCACUGGUCAUCCCGGCCCAGCGCUUCGACCUCUCAGUCAUGGGGAGAAUUGGCAAGGAGACGGCGGGUCAGGUCAUCGGCUUCAUCGGUCUGGUGGGGGUGGCGGUCACCACCGGCAUCCCCAUGUGGAGGGUGACCACCUUCAUCGGCGCCAACAUCGUGACGGGCCAGAUCGUGUGGGACGGCCUGUGGAUGAACUGCGUCAUGCAGAGCACCGGCCAAAUGCAGUGUCGCCUCAGCGAAUCUGUUAUAACGUUAACCCCUGAUCUCCAAGCGGCGCGAGCGCUAGUCAUCAUCUCGCUGGUUUUUGGAUUCAUCGGCUUCAUGGUCACGUUCAUCGGCGCCAAAUGCACCAGCUGCCUCCAGCAAGACGCCUCCAAGGCCAGAGUGGUGAUCAUCGGUGGGGUUUUGCUCAUCAUCGCUGCCGUUUUAGUCCUCAUUCCGGUCACCUGGUCGGCGACCAUCACCAUCACCGACUUUCAGAACCCGUUGACCGUCGACACGCAGAGACGAGAGAUAGGAGCGUCUAUCUACAUCGGUUGGGCGUCCACCGCCCUCCUCCUGGUAGGGGGGAUCAUCCUCACCACUUCCUGUCCACCGCAGACGCCCAUGUACCCUUACGCCGCCUACCCGUAUGCUAACGGUUCCACCUACGCGCCGGUUUACGCGCCGCCAUCCAGCCAGCCGUACACGCCGAGCGGGUCGUACUAUCCCGCCAAACCGUACGCGGCGCCAUCCGGAUACUCGCCGAGACAGUACAUUUGAAAGGACUGAAUGGAACUGCAUUCAAAUUCACGGAUAAUGUGCUAUGGUAGUUAGUAAAGCAGUAAAACGUGAACGUUCACUGCCAGAGCUAGCGGUUGAAAAUGAUUGGACCGUGAUUGUUUCGUCAGCAUGCGUGUUUGCACCGGAGUUUAACAUUGUUGAGAAUUAACUCCUUUUUUUUUUAGGUUUAAUUGCGCUGAUUUUUUGUAAAUAACUCAAUGUGUUAAUAAAUAAUGAAAAAAUACUAU